AGCGCAGAUCUUCCCGCCAGGUCAUGUGCAUUCUGCUUCCGCAAUUACUCCUGCUGCCUGUCAUCGCCUUUUUUUUCUAUUUCUAAUGUUUAUUAAAUUUUUUGGCAGUGCUUUUGACUCAAACUUACCUACGCGUAGUGGGCGUUUUUGGAUUCCCAUCUUUAGGAGGCACUGUGAUCAUCAGGAGAGGAAGUUAAAUCCAAACUUAUGAUUCAUUCCAUUCACAGGAUUAAAAAAAAGACAUAUCAGGAAUGCAAUUGUUUUUCCGUCUCGACGGGGUCCUGCUGGGUGGGGGCCGUUGCCCCCGAGCUCAUGUCAUGUGUCACCAUUCUAUUUGUGAAGCCGUUCGCCUGAACACAAAGAGACGUUGGUGUCACAUGUCAGACUACUACUUGUAGAGCUCAGCUCCCAGCAGAGUUUGAAUCUGAGCUCAUUCGGCUUUUUCUCUGGGAAAGACCAUGCUUCUGGCAACGCUAAAAGGUCUGGGCAGGAAGCUGCUGCGAGUGAAGGUGGUGGACUGUAGCACGGAGGAGUCCCGCUUGUCCCGAUGCCUCGGCACCUUCGACCUGGUGGCUCUGGGAGUGGGCAGCACUCUGGGCGCUGGCGUCUACGUUCUCGCCGGCGCUGUAGCCCGUGAAAACUCUGGACCCGCCAUCGUCCUCUCCUUCCUCAUCGCCGCCCUGGCGUCCGUUCUAGCCGGCCUGUGCUACGCCGAGUUUGGAGCCCGCGUCCCCAGAACUGGCUCGGCUUACCUCUACAGCUACGUGACAGUGGGAGAGCUGUGGGCGUUUAUCACCGGCUGGAACCUCAUUCUGUCUUAUGUAAUAGGAACUUCAAGUGUGGCCAGGGCCUGGAGCGCCACCUUUGAUGAGCUGAUCAAUGGGCACAUCAAGAGGUUUUCCUCGCAGUACCUUCCCAUGAACGCACCAGGGGUGGCAGAAUACCCUGACAUUUUUGCUGUCCUCAUCAUACUCAGUCUAACAGGUCUGCUCGUGUUUGGAGUCAAAGAGUCCGCCCUGGUAAAUAAAGUCUUCACCUGCAUCAAUGUGCUGGUCCUCCUGUUUGUCAUCAUCGCUGGGUUUGUCAAAGGAGACCGAAAAAACUGGAGCUUGAACCCAGAGGACAUCCUGAACUCCACCAGAAACUCCACCUUGAACACCACUGCUUCUUUAGCCAGCGAGGAAACCAUCGGUGCAGGCGGGUUCAUGCCCUUUGGCUGGACAGGAGUCCUUUCGGGGGCUGCAACUUGCUUUUAUGCGUUUGUAGGGUUUGACUGCAUCGCCACCACAGGAGAGGAGGUGAAGAACCCGCAGAGGGCCAUUCCAAUCGGGAUCGUUGCCUCCCUGCUCAUCUGUUUUGUGGCAUACUUCGGUGUGUCGGCCGCUCUCACUAUGAUGAUGCCGUACUACAUGCUGAGCAAGGACAGCCCUCUGCCUGUGGCCUUUGAGUAUGUGGGCUGGAAGGGAGCCACUUAUGCCGUGGCUAUCGGCUCUCUGUGCGCUCUGUCCACCAGCUUACUGGGCUCCAUGUUCCCAAUGCCCAGGGUGAUCUGGGCCAUGGCAGAAGAUGGGCUGCUCUUCAAAUGUUUGGCAUCAGUCAGCUCACGAACCAAAACCCCUCUAACAGCUACAGUAACGUCAGGUGUAGCGGCAGCUGUCAUGGCCUUCCUGUUUGACCUGACGGAUCUGGUCAACCUCAUGUCCAUCGGUACUUUGCUGGCCUACACUCUGGUCGCAGCCUGCGUCCUGGUCCUCAGGUACCAGCCUGAGCAGCUCAGAGCGGCUUAUGAAAUGGCCAAAACGCAGGACGAAGCAGACAUUUCUGAGUCCUAUAGCGACAUCCUGCCUCAACCAGAAGAUCGCCUCACCGUCAAAAACCUCCUUUUCCCUUCAAAACCCGAGCCCUCACCUCAGUCUGGACUUGUUGUCAAUAUUUGCACCAGCAUACUUGGUGUUCUGGUGUGUGUUUUCGGUGUGGUGGCUGUUCAAGGAGGCCUGGCUCCCUGGUCUGUGUGUCUGCUCAGCACCAUUGCAGCCACCUGUCUUGUUGUCACAUUCAUUGUGUGGAGACAGCCGCAGAGCAAAACCAAGCUAGCAUUCAAGGUUCCUCUUCUGCCCUUCGUCCCGGUCAUCAGCAUGUUUGUCAACGUCUACCUGAUGAUGCAGCUUGACAGAGGAACGUGGAUCCGCUUCGCCAUCUGGAUGGUUUUAGGAUUCAUCAUCUAUUUCACCUACGGGAUUCGCAACAGUGCAGAGGCGGCGGCGAACCGUUCGGACGCCGACUCCCCAGCCUGUGCCAUCAAGGGGGAGCCCAUGACCACAGAGAAGGAAGCUUUCCUGCACAACACGCAGACGUACAGCCCAGACGAGGAUUUAUGAUGAAACACUCCGCCUUCAGAGGUCGGACUAACCGUCAUGUUGCACCUGUGGGUUAACUUCUUAGAUUCCCUGAAUGUUCCUCUUUUUACAUCUGUAUUGCAUGAGAAAUGCACCAAUAACUUUGGGGCUUUUAAACGUUUGUGUUUACAGUUUUAUGAGAAAUGCAAAGCGUCUGAAUGUAAUACACGAUCCAAAGUGCUUCUGAGGCUCCAGACACACCGAGCUCAAGUGUGGAGCAAGCAAGUCUGCGCCAAUAAAACUCAGUCUAGCCCAUGAGUUUGGCCACACCACUUUCUGAUUUAGAGACAAAAAACAAAAAAGCAUAUUCAGCCCUACAGCUGAAGCGUCACUUCACCCAAAGCACACAGCAAAAGGCAGUCACUCAGAAUUUCAAUAUAAGAUGUCACAUCCCUUUGAGAUGCUACUGUUGUGUUACAUUGUGGUGUGUCUGGGCCUUUACACGCAGCUUUUAAGAAUGUAUUUUGUUACUGAGCAAAAAGAUAAUUACAUCACAUUGACUGUUUUAUUCUGAAGCAUCACACCUUAGGGAAAAACACUGUUAUGAUUUUAUAUCAUCCCAGUAUUUGUUCUGACUGUAAAACAAGGGGUUCUAUUUAUACGAGUCUGAAAUGAUCAUGGAUCACAGGGGUUGUGCUUGUGUUUUUUUUUUUGUUGUCAUCUUCAAGUGAAGAGCAAAAAAGUGUCAGUUGUAUGUUAAGUUUAAAAUAUGCCUGUUGACUAACCAAAGUAACAGUGGCUGCUUGACAAGAACAACUUUCUUUAAUGCAGAGUGCUUUAGGUAAAACAAAAAAUAGACAUCAAAUUAAAACUAUUGUCACACCGAAAGGACAAUUUAGAUUCACUAAUUGACCAAUGAAGCAAGUGUUGGAGGAUCCGGAGUCCCCGGGGUAAACCCACUCGUGCAGCCGGGAUUCAGAGGGCUUACUCCUAUCAGGUGACAGCUUGAGUUGGGAUCCUGACUCAAAUUGCAAAAGUGGAGUCAAUUCAUGCUAUACUAGGAGUUUAGUCUCUGUAGACCAGGGGUGCCCACACUUUUUCAGCUUCUUUUCAAACGAUCAGCUCCAAAAGAUCAAUUUACAUAAAUGAAAAUUAAAUAUCAUAAAAUCCUUAUUUGAUGUGUUCAUAUUUGUGUACUAAAAGACACAGACUUCUCAUGAAAAGCAGAUUUUGAAGUGAACCAGACAAAUAUUUUUGAAUGAAAUGGCUACAUUUGGAUGAACAUGUGAGGUUACAGCUUGUUAAAAAGUUCUUGUCAUUUUUCCUUCCACGGUUUGUAUAAUUGGUGUUCGCAGAACGUUCCACGAUGGUUCUAUUCGGGGCUAUUUUUGAGCGACUGACCUCGGGCCAAGUCGAGGAAAAACGAAGCGCGUCAGCAGCUGCAUCCACGGUUAGGCGUCUGAUGCUGAACGCUCACACCGUUCUGAACUUUAUUAGGAAGAAAGACUCCAGAUCUGCUAGUUUAGUAGCGGUUCUACAUGUCAAUCAAGUGACGUACUUCAAUUCGCUUAUGGCAAUUUUUGAAGAAAAAGACGAUUUUUUUUGUUUUGUUUAUUUAUUUACCUACAGUUCCUUCGAUCGAGAUUGACGCGUUAUAUUGGGCACCCCUGCUGUGAAAUAUUCAGUGCACUGCUCUACUCUCACAGGGAAUUGUUUGGAUCAGUGCUCUUUUGGCUGAGUCUUAUUUGCUCAUGUUUACUUUAAGUCAUGUUCUGUCUCAGUAACGCCACGUUGAAGUUGCCAACUAUCUACAACUGUCCUCUGUUACCUUAUUAUUUAUUCUCAAGAGUAUCUUUUCAGGGCAGCUUUGUCAGUUCAUGCUUUAUGAUGAGAUCAGCUGGAAACAGCAGUGCGUGAGUAUUGACCGAAGAAACAGUUUUGUCUAUUUUUCUUGUUUUUUUUUAUAUUCUCUUACUCAAAAUGCCAUGAAAUCAAACGGGAGAGACAGUAUCUGAAGCAAAGCUACAUAGGAAUGUAUUCAUUCUUCUACUAUAGGAGAAAGUAGCUCAUGAGCUGAAUUCCUCUGGAUAAUGAUGCGUUAUAGCAGAUCAAGAGCAUCAGGUUUUAAAGCAGCAGCCUCCAUGAGCCUCUUACACGCUUUACACUGUAAGAGCCUGUUUUCAAUACACAAGUUUCUGAUUCAGACAUCCUCUUUACUUGACAGCUUUACACAAACUUCCUGUUUGUGUUCAUCAAAUAAAACUCUACUUUCGUUCUGUCCGGGUUUGAAUUCUUGAGGAACAGUUCACAUUUAUUGAUGCUAACUUGUGUUUUACUCACAAUUCUUGCCUUGAUGCUGAAACUAUUGUUUAAACGGAUUUAAAGUGUGUAAAGGCAUCUGAAAAAUCAAUGUCAGCUUUUAAGAUGUGUUUACCAGAGUAAGAGAAAUAAAAGCCUGCAUGAAGUUCUUCUUUUA